AUGAAUCAUCAAGAAAAACCACCAGGAGAAAAUCUAACUGAAUUGAUUGAAUUUGUUCUUUUGGGCUUUGCUGACAUGCCCCAUCUCCAGUGGUUUCUUUUUGGAUUAUUUUUAAUCAUCUAUAUCAUUAUCCUGAUGAGCAACGGCACCAUAUUUGUAAUAACGAAAAUGGAUCCUGCUCUCCAGAGCCCUAUGUAUUUUUUCCUGGCAAAUUUUUCCUUCUUGGAAAUCUGCUAUGUAUCAGCUACUCUCCCCAGAUUGCUGAUGAAUCUAGGGACCCAGAGAAAAAGAAUUUCCUUAGCUGCCUGUGCUACACAGAUGUGCUUUGUCUUUGUGUUUGCAGUCACAGAGUGUUUGCUUCUGGCAGUGAUGGCCUAUGACCGUUAUGUAGCCAUUUGCAACCCUCUUCAGUAUCCUCUAGCCAUGAACCACAGGGUCUGUAUCCAGUUGGUGACUUGCGCCUGGACCAUUGGAAUCCCAGUUCAGAUAGGGCAGACAUGUCAGAUUUUCUCUCUGCCUUUUUGUGGAUCUAACAUAAUCAACCAUUUCUUCUGUGAUAUUUUCCCAAUGCCCAAGCUGGCUUGUGGGGACAUAUUUGUAAAUGAGAUGUUGGUCUACACAGUUGCUGUGUUAUUUGGCAUGGUUCCAUUCCUGCUGAUACUUGGCUCCUACAGUAAAAUCAUCUCCAUCAUCCUGAAGUUGCCAUCAGCCACAAGUCGAGCCAAAGCCUUCUCUACCUGCUUGUCUCAUCUUAUGGUUGUGGUUUUAUUCUUUGGAUCAGCCAUUAUUACAUACUUAAGACCCAACACCAGACAUUCAGAGGGAACUGACAAAGUGCUUUCUCUUUUCUACACUAUCCUAACUCCUAUGUUUGAUCCCAUAAUAUAUAGUCUAAGGAACAAAGAUGUCAUAAUGGCACUAAGAAAAUUGCUAUGUAAAUAA